UCUGCGACAUAAAGUUGAGUUCCGGUUAUUAAUCCUGAAAUCAUCGAUGAACAACUACAUGGGACCAAUACACAGCGCGUCAGGCUUUUACAAGACGCCUGUCAGUAAAGGGCUGUUGGGAGUAUCCCUGCUGUCAUCAUUCCUUCUUAACUUCCCCCUCCACAAUCACAGACAUCUGUUCCUCUACAGUCAGGCAGCCAUACUAGAAAGGCAUCAAUUUUGGCGAGUGUUUACUUCCAAACUUGCAUACCUAGACAUCAAGGAUCUGUUUGUGUGCUCUGUACUUAUCUACUACUUCCGAGUGUUUGAGCGUCGCUAUGGUUCCCACAAGUUUGCUUCCCACAUGUUGGCAACGUUUGUAAUGGGGACAGGACUGGAAAUUGCUGCUGCAUUCUUCUUUAAAUGGCUGGGGUUUAAAAUUGAACUAUUACCAUCUGGGCCAAUGUGUAUGGUGUAUCCGCUGUUUAUACCGUAUCAUUUUGACAUCCCCCGAGUAGCUCUAGGCCAUGUGCUGGGUGUACCUGUCACUGGCAAAUCCUUCCAGUAUUUUCUAGGACUACAGUUAGCUAGCGGGUCAGUGGAGUCUGUCAUAGUUGCAGUUUGUGGACUGUUUUGUGGAUACCUGUGGAGAAACAAUUUUAUGAAAGUACCAACCAUAUUGACAAUACCUAAGUUUGUGGCAAGUAUAAGCUACCGUGUUGUUGGAUGGGCGCUGGAUUCCCAGGUCCCACCAGGAGAUACCAUUCCAAUGGGAGCAACACUAGAACUACAACGACAGGAACAGAUGGAGCAGUUAGAACAACAGAUGAUAUGGCAGACUGUCCAGCAGCAACAACAACAAGGCGGAAAUGUCAACAUGGCUGAGAAUUUGGUGAAUGGUCCUGGACUCUUUGGAAACCAAAUAGAUCUUGGAGGUUUAAGAAACAGAUUAAACCUAGGGGGACUUGAUCCACCUGGACAGCCAGCAGAAGAGCCAGUCACAGAGGAGAAUGUACAGCACUUAGUUGAUAUGGGAUUCGGUGCUGACAGGGUUCGUGAAGCACUUCAACAAUCAAACAACAAUGUCAGUGCUGCAACAAAUAUUCUGCUGCAGGAGUCCUAACAAAGACUAAAUAUUCAUCAUAGUUUAUUUGUCUCGGCUUCAAGAGUCAAAUUCAUUUGUCUCAACUUUGAGAGUCCAGUGAAAGAUUUGUUGUUCAUCAAAUUUAUUCAUCAUGGCUUCAAAUUCUUACCAAAAGACUGUUUGUUCACCAAACUUACAUAAUCACAACUUGUAAAGUCUAUUAAAGACUUACUGUUUCCUAAACCAUUACGCAUUGUGACUUUGGGAAUCUAGGUAGGAUUACUAAAUCAUCGUACAUGUAACUUCAAGUGUCUAUGUAGGCUGUGAGAAAUCAUUGUGACUUUGAGAGUCUAUGUAGGACGUAUGAAUCAUUGUCACGUGAGAGUCUAUGCAGGACGUAUGAAUUAUUGUCACGUGAGAGUCUAUGUAGGACGUAUGAAUCAUUGUCACUUCGAGAAUCUGCGUAGGACGUAUGAAUCAUUGUCACUUCGAGAGUAUAUGUAGGACGUAUGAAUCAUUGUCACUUCGAGAGUCUAUGUAGGACGUAUGAAUCAUUGUCACUUCAAGAGUCUAUGUAGGAUGUAUGAAUCAUUGUCACUUCGAGAGUCUAUGCAGGACUUGUAAAUUGUUGUGACUUCGAGAGUCUAUGUAGGACUCUUAAAUUGUUGUGACUUCAGGGUUUGCCAAGGACUAGCAAAUCAAUGUGACUUUGGGAAUCUACCAAGACUAGAAAAUCUCAGUGAUCUGAAGAACCCACCAAGGACUGGUGAAUUAUUGUGACUUUGAGAACCCACCAAGGACUGGUGAAUUAUUGUGACUUUGAGAACCCACCAAGGACUGGUGAAUUAUUGUGACUUUGAGAACCCACCAAGGACUGGUGAAUUAUUGUGACUUUGAGAACCCACCAAGGACUGGUGAAUUAUUGUGACUUUGAGAACCCACCAAGGACUGGUGAAUUAUUGUGACUUUGAGAACCCACCAAGGACGGGUGAAUUAUUGUGACUUUGAGAACCCACCAAGGACUGGUGAAUUAUUGUGACUUUGAGAACCCACUAAGGACUGGUGAAUUAUUGUGACUUUGAGAACCCACCAAGGACGGGUGAAUUAUUGUGACUUUGAGAACCCACUAAGGACGGGUGAAUUAUUGUGACUUUGAGAACCCACUAAGGACUGGUGAAUUAUUGUGACUUUGAGAACCCACUAAGGACUGGUGAAUUAUUGUGACUUCAUGUGACUAUGUACCGAGGACUAGUUAACCAUUGUGACUUUGAGAACCCACCAAGGACUGGUGAAUUAUUGUGACUUCAUGUGACUAUGUACCGAGGACUAGUUAACCAUUGUGACUUUGAGAACCCACCAAGGACUGGUGAAUUAUUGUGACUUCAUGUGACUAUGUACCGAGGACUAGUUAACCAUUGUGACUUUGAGAACCCACCAAGGACUGGUGAAUUAUUGUGACUUCAUGUGACUAUGUACCGAGGACUAGUUAACCAUUGUGACUUUGAGAACCCACCAAGGACUGGUGAAUUAUUGUGACUUUGAGAACCCACCAAGGACUGGUAAAUUAUUGUGACUUCAUGUGACUAUGUACCGAGGACUAGUUAACCAUUGUGACUUAAGGAUUCUCAUAAAGACUGAAAUUCGUUUUUUGUAACUUCAAAUUCCUGACCAAGGACAUGUGAAAUCAAAUCAUUGUUUGUAAAAUCAACUUGACUUAGGAUCCCUUUCUCACUGCAGUGGUUUUCGCAUUUACAGUAAC